AUGUGUCCCAGCAGUCGUGGUAGUCUGCUAUGUUGGAAACAUGUUUUUAGCGAUGAAAGUAAUUUUGAUGAUUCUGUGAUUGAUUCUACGUAUACUGAUUCACAUGGUGGAUCAACAAGUAAAAACGAGUCGGAUGAAGAUAAUGCUGAUAACUCAGAUGAUGGUGUGGAAUCUAUGGAUGCAAAUCCAGCUUCGCCUUCCAAAGACGUCUCUAAAUUUACUCCAAAAUUUUCUCCAUCGACUGAAAGGGAAUUUAAAAUAACAGAUUGUCUAACAAAAAAAAUCUUCAAUAUACCAAAUAUUUCAAGAAUGUGGCCAUUGGAUUUAUCUAUACAUAUGGUAUACUACACAAACCAGAGAUUACAAAUUUUGGAAAAACAGAAAAAAAAAAUCAAAAAAACUAGUCCACAUGAGAUGAUGUCCUUGGUUGGUUGUCUUCUUGUAAUGUGCUUCGCCAAGCUUCCGAAAGUGAACUGCUACUGGUCAACUAAACCUUCCAUGGGAAAUGCUGUGAUCAAGGCUACGUUUUCUAGAGAUAGGUUCAAGCUUCUUUCCUCCAAGAUGUAUUUCAACACACCAAAAAAAACCUCCGAUGCUUCUAAAACGUUUUACGUAGAUGAACUUUUAUCGUGUCUAAAAUCAACUUUUCAGAGUAUUAGACAAGACAGAGUUUUCCAAAGCUUAGACGAGUCAAUGACAAAAUUUAAAGGUAGAAGUUCUUUCAAACAGUACAUGCCAGCCAAACCUGUGAAAAGGGGAAUCAAAGUCUGGAUGCGUUGUGACUCGUUGACUGGAUACACUUACGACAUGAAUAUUUACGUGGGAAAAGAAACUGUCAGCCAGGUAGGAACUCUUGGUAAAAGAGUAGUCAAACAGCUUGUUUCAUCUAUAAAAGAAAGCGAUGUUACUUUGGCCUUCGACCGUUAUUUUACCUCUGUAAAUUUGAUGGGGGAUCUAAAUUUUGCUGCUGUUGGUACCUGUAUGAAAAAUAGGAAGAACAUGCCCAAGGACGCUGUUGCAAUACAAAAAAGGUGA